UUUUUAACCUAACUCAAAACAUGGCACAUGGUUGUGUGAUUAUCAAUAUUAUUUAUACAUAAAUGACACAAAUCCGAAGUCUAAAGUAAAUAUAUAAACAUGUGUUAAACACUCGAAACCAUACUAGUCAUGUUUGUUCUACAUAAAUUAAUUUAAGUAAAUGUAAAUACUUUGGCACAAAGAAAUAAUACAAAUUAUGAAAUUAACACCAUAAUUAGUGGUUUUGUUUAAAGAUUUAAAAUUUAUUAUAAUAAUCUAAUAAAUGCGGCGUAAUUAAAAUGGUACUGUGUCGUGAAGGAAAAAUUGGCUUAGGAUGUUUUAUUAUUUCCAUAAUUAUUGCAACGAUACCAGAAAUUUUGUUACGAAUUGAAUUUAAUUCUUACAUUCAUGAAGUUUUGAUAAAUGUCUGGUUAAUUCAUUUAUUUCAAUAUGGAUUUUUAAAUAUAUUACUAUUCCUGACGUUCAAAGGAUUUUUAUAUCAAAUUGCAGUGAGAUCAGCAUUUCUCGGUUAUAUUUUUGGAAUUGGAAUUAUUAUUUAUUUCUCAGCUCCAUUGUCAUGGAGAUGUUUUGGAAUUUAUGCAUCCGUUUUGUCAACUUUCCAUUUUUCAGAAUUUUUGAGCAUCGCUUGGACGAACCCCAAAGCGAUAUCGAUUGAUAGUUUUAUCCUUAAUCAUAGCUUAGCUUAUAGUAUAGCGGCAUGCUCCAGUUGGGUUGAAUUUUUAAUUGAAAGAUAUUACUUUCCUGAUAUAAAAUCUCCUGAUUUUAUUUCUUACGCUGGUUUAACAAUUUGUAUCUGCGGAGAAAUUGUAAGAAAGCUGGCCAUGUUUACUGCUAGAGAUAAUUUCAAUCAUCUUGUACAAAUGGAAAAAUCCGAAACUCACAAACUCGUUACUAAUGGAGUGUAUAGACUAUCUAGACAUCCAAGUUAUGUUGGAUGGUUUUAUUGGUCAAUUGGUACUCAGCUAAUACUUAAGAACCCAGUUUGCUUCGUGGCUUAUGCUAUUGCAUCCUGGCAAUUUUUUCACAACCGAGUGAUCUUGGAAGAAAUCACAUUAUUAAACUUUUUCGGAGAAGAUUAUAUUAAAUAUCAAGAGAUGGUUGGAACGGGGUUGCCGUUUAUUUCUGGAUAUAAAAUCAACACAUAGCUUACAAUGGUGUAAUUUCUUGUGUAUAAAUUGUUAAUAUUCUAUAUAUAUAUAUCUGCAGUAUUUUUACAGCUCGCGAUUUUUGCAGAGAUUUAAAAACUUAUUAGUUAUUUCAUUGAAGAUAAUUGAGUUUUUUUAUAAUUGAUCACUUGAUAAUAUAUUCUCUUAAAGAGUUCUGUCUUUUAGCUCUGUCAUUCUCGAAGAUAAACGGCAGCAUGUUGUUGCACUUAUUCAGUAAAUGAAGACUUACACGUUUUCCUCUUAAGGAGGUUCGAUACCGAUUUUCGAAAUAAUACCAAAAUUCUGAAAUUUUUUUUAUCGAAAGAGUUAUAAAAAAAAGGAUCACUGUUAAAAUUUCAAAUCGAUUCACUACACCAUUUUCGAUAAAUAAAUUUUCAAAGUUCGUUCUUAUACACGGGCGUAAAUGGGAAUCAUUUUUCAAAGUGCUAUAGUUUUUGCUACAAUAAUACCAUCGGUAUAAAUUAUUCAGUUUCAAAUAAUUAAACAUUUCUGAACACAUUAAUAUAUUUAUAUAUAAUACUAUUUUUUAAAUAAAAGAUUUACUACUAGAUAAUAGAGUAACGAGUCGAGCCUUUUUUUUAUUUUGCACUUGGAGUUUUGUUUGUAAAAAAAAAAAACAUGGACAAAAAUAACUGAAGUUCCGAUUUUAUUUACUAUUGUAAGUGUGAGUUUAAAUUGAGAGCAUAAAAUAGAAAUGGUAGUCUUGCAAUAAAAAUUUUGUAAAAUAUAUUUGUCCAAUUAAAUGAUAUAUAUGUAUAUAUUAAGUGUUAAUCAGCUAAAUCAUAUAAAUCUACUCUAUUAAAUAAAUCAUAACAUGUAACUUAAUAAAGUGCGCAUUAAAAAUUAUAAUUUUUGAUCUUAAAAAAACUCUAUGUAUAUAAAAAGCUAAUGAAAAGUUUCAUAAAUUCUUAUUAUAUAUUGUUAUCAGUUCAGCUAACAAGAGAUAAGUACGAUCAAUAAAAAAAUACCAAAUAAAAUACUUAAAACCCAACAACUUCGAUGGCUCAUUUU